UCCUCUCACGCUACAAAAUUACAAGAGCGCCAUCUCAAUCAGAUUCGAUUGGCGUUGCAAUCCCAGUCUCCAAUCCCUAACCCUAGUUUUCCAAAAUCACAGUCCGAUCUCUAGCUUCGAUUAUGGCCUCCGAGGAGCCUACUUUGGCCGUUGAAGUUGCUCCGGCGGAGCCAACUCCUGCUGCGGAGGAGAAGCCUGCUGCCAAGGGAAAAGCUAAGAAAGCCAAGGAGCCUAAGCCGAAGAAGCCCGCGGGUCCUAGGAAGCCGAGGAGCCCUUCCUCCCAUCCUCCUUAUGAAGAGAUGAUCAAGGAUGCCAUUCUGACUUUGAAGGAGAAGACUGGUUCUAGUCAGUAUGCGAUCACGAAGUUCAUUGAGGAGAAGCACAAGCAGCUGUCUGCUAACUUCAAGAAGCUUUUGCUCUUCCAUUUGAAGAAGCUUGUCGGUUCUGGUAAGCUUACAAAGGUCAAGGGUUCAUUUAAGGUCCCAUCGGUUAGGGCUUCACCGAAGCCGGCGGCUGCUGUUGCACCGGCAAAGAAGAAGCCGGCUGUGAAGCCCAAGGCCAAGCUGGCCGUCUCUGCCAGGGUCGUUAAGGCAGCUGCCAAGGCGAAGGCGCCUUUGAAGACCAAAGCUGCUGCUAAGCCUAAGGCUGCUGUAAAGCCAAAGGCGGCUGCGAAGCCCAAGGCUGUUGCGAAGCCUAAGGCUGUGGCUGCUAAGCCAAAGGCUUCCGCAGCUGCAAAACCGAAGCCCACUGCUAAGCCAAAGGCAACUGCGCCUAAGCCAAAGCCGAAGGAAAAGCCUGCCAAGGUUGCCAGGACUUCGACGAGGACCUCUCCUGGGAAGAGGGCGGCGGCUCCAAAGCCUAAGGCAAUCCCGAAGAAGGCCCCUACGCCUAAAAAGGCACCUGCUAAGAGUGCAAAAGCCAAGACGGUGAAAUCUCCUGCAAAGAAGGCUACAACAACUCGGCGGGGAAAGAAGUGAUCGCUAAUAGAGAGAGUAGUGCUCUUAGGGGUAGUCUUUGUACAUUCGGCGAUCUUUUGGGUGUAUUUAGUUUAUCUAUACCCAUGAAAACAUGUUAUCAGAACUUCCGCAUCUCCAAUUCUCUACAGUUAUAGUAUUUGGUUCAUUUACCAGUCUUCUUUUUAGUUAAUUCGGCCCCCUUUUCCCUAUCGAUAUUUGAAUAAUAUUGUAGAUGUAUGUUGUGCUUGAAUGGAUUAUGAGAUGAGUUGGAUCAUAUAAGUUGCUUCAAA